AAAUAUCAAUCUUAAUAGUUAAAGUUAAGGGUUAUUAAUGAUUGUUUAUAAAGACACACUUAAGAGGCCAAAUUAAUAAGUGGAGUUUGUGCUGAAUCUAAAAGGAAAAAUACGAUAUUUUGGAAACUAAUCAAGAAAUAAUUAAUAUUCAUAUGCAGCAUUGGACAAAGACAUAUAAUAUUAAUCAGAAAAGAUACUUUUAAAAUUAUGCUGCUCGUUUUAUUGCAACCGUGAUAUUCAAUGUAACUCUUAUUGAAAAAGUGACAAUUAUAAAGGAAUAAAUAUAAGAAGACGUAAGUGGAAAUGCGUUUUCAGUGGUUGUGUAUUGUGUUAUUGUGCGCGUCUGGACCUCUGUUAAGAUGCGACGCGUUGCCGCCAGCGGCUCUUGGCGAUGUUGUUGCGAACGCCGCUAGCAGUUUGAAUUCUAUGAAGGUGACAGGAGCCUGGCGAAGAUUAUCAAGUACAGUGAGUGAGUCAGUAGGCUUGAAGUAUGCAUUACGUCGUCUGCAAGCCGUACCCGCACGAGCGGCGCGCUUGGUACACGCACUUGUGGACCGCAUGCGAGUUGGAGGAGGACCUAUUAUUACAACACAGUUAGGCACUCUAAGAGGAAGGAGGGUCAUCGCAAGAACCAGUGCACAGACGCCAUAUUAUAGCUUUAAGGGAAUUAGAUAUGCACAGCCCCCUCAAGGCCCAUUACGGUUCCGACCACCCGCGCCUUUAGAACCAUGGUCAGGAGUUCGAGAUGCACUCGAAGAAGGAGCGGUAUGUCCACAUCGGUUCAUGCUCUUCGACACGUAUAAAGGUGACGAAGAUUGUCUUUUCCUCAACGUUUAUACACCAGCGUUGCCGGAUAAAUUGUCGGGAUACAAUCCAAAAUUGGCAGUUAUGGUAUGGAUUCACGGCGGUGCUUUUGCCGUCGGAUCCGGCAACGCUUUUCUCUACGGGCCGGAUCAUUUAGUUGGUGCUGGAGUAGUAUUAGUCACGCUAAACUACAGGCUUGGAGCUCUCGGCUUUUUAAGUUUAGAGAAUGAAGAAGUAUCUGGAAAUAUGGGGCUAAAGGAUCAAGUACUGGCUCUGAAGUGGGUCCAAGAAAAUAUCGAGUUUUUCGGCGGUGACCCUCAACGUGUCACAAUCUUCGGAGAAUCUGCUGGCGCUGCUUCUGUGCAUUUACAUAUGCUUUCAUCAGCUUCCCAAGGUCUAUUUCACGGAGCUAUAGCUCAAAGCGGUUUAGCUCUAUCACCAUGGGCUCUUGCACAUGAUCCCCGCGAUCGAGCGUUUGAGCUGGGCAGAGAGCUUGGCAUUGACACGAACAGUACUGCUGAGUUGCUUGGCUAUCUUCGUGCAACACCAAGUGAAUUAUUGGUGAAAGCUGGUGCAAGGUUAGCAGUUGCACCGGGAAAAUCGGCGGACCUGCAAAACACUGUGUCUCUACCUUUCCUUCCGGUGGUGGAACCAAAUAUUCCCGAAGCUUUCCUAACAAAGUCACCUAAGGAACUUCUACCGGGAGCUGAUGUCCCUUUGCUUACUGGUUACAACGCCCAGGAAGGAAUCAUACUGUUUAGGCGACUUCAACGAUAUCCGAAAUUAUUAAGCGAAUUGGAUCAUGAAUUUCGGCGAGCCGUACCGCCAGAGCUGACUUCCUCAGACGAGGAACGUUCGGUAAAGGUUAUGGACCACAUACGAGCGUUCUACUUUCAGCAGCGCCCCGUCGACAUGCGCAAUAUUGACAGCCUCAUUGAUUUGUUCACAGACGUAAUGUUCCUACGUCCAGCGCUGGAGACGUUAAAACUACAAGCGAUGACGAAUCGAACAAGUCCAACGUACUUCUAUCGGUUUGCGUUUGAUGGUGCCCUGGGUCUGUUCAAGAGGAUGCUGGGAAUCAAUCACCCUGGCGCUUGUCAUGGUGAUGAAAUGGGUUACCUUUUUUACUUCUCGCGGUUUAACUACAGGCUAGACGAUGACUCGCCUGAACUCAAAGUUUCCAAAAAAAUGGUACAAAUGUGGACUAAUUUUGCCAAAAGUGGAAAUCCAACGCCUACAAUCGAUUACGAAUCUGUAAUGGACUUUAAAUGGCUGCCAGUCAACGAUACAUCUCAUAUCAACUAUCUAGAUAUUACAGGAAACUUUACGCUUGAAACAGACCCUGAACCCAAAAGAAUGCGCUUCUGGGAUUGGCUAUUUGAGAAUUAUGCCAAUAAACGUACCAACGAUACUGAACGUGCAAGUGAAGUUAAAUAAACCCCUAAGUGAAAUUCAUAAACUAUUAUAACAAUGUAUUUAAAAGUGUCAGUGCCGAGAGUGAUGAACUCUUUAUUACUAAAUAUUUUUCGUUAAGUAUUGUUUAUAUUGUAUUUUCCUCAACAGCUGAGAAACCACGAAGUGUUAUUGUAUCUGUUCGUUUGUAUGUUUCUAUAAAAGUAAAUCUUUGAGGCCAUAACUAGACAGAAACACAACAAAUCAGUAAUAUUGCAGAUGGCCUCCACAUCAUAAAGUGUUAUAUGGGCAUUGUACGAAAUAUAUGGAUUUUUGAUACUUUUUAAUAAUUGUAGUACAAUUUAAAUGUGUCAUUUUUUUUUAAAAAUCAAUUAACUUCAAAGUACUGUACUUUAAAACCAAAUUUGUAUAUAAAUCCGAAAAGUGGUUGAUGCUGAUUUAUAUAUCAACCAUUAUCUCAUGGUCCGGGAGGUAGCGUUGCAUUUACAAAAGUCAUAGUAUGCCGGCUGAUGUUGACAACGAUAGUUGAUCUUAUAUUAAUAAGCAAACCGACCAUCAGCUGCCCUAGUAGCGUCGGGUUUGGCUGUGGGAGGGUGUGUCUCACUCUUUACUGGGUCAGCUGACGGUCUUUCCACCCUUACCCAGGCUGACGAUUGUUUUCGUAUUUUCAAAUAUUUAAGCUCAUAUUAUUUUACAAAUUCAUGCGACCAUCCAUGCGAGUUGACGAUUAUUUUCCAGCUCAGCAUGAUGUUAACUAUUCAUGAGAAAAGUUUCAGCUGACAUACUAUAACUUUUUUUUUCUUUUUUUUACCAAUUUCGCAAUCUCCCACAGCCAAACCUACUGUUGGUGCGUCAGCUGACGCUCGGUUCUUGGAUUAUGGCAAUCGAUCGGCUUAAAAUCACUACCGAAAAUGCAAUGCUACUUCUCGGACCAUCAACUCUCAUUAGGUGGUACAGUUUCCUAUGUCUCUCAUCUUCUUAGUUAAUCUUAGUUUAGCAUCUAUGUAAAUACGUAUCUAGUAAUUGUUAAAAAAAUAAAUUUAAGUAUUUA